UAUUGAUGGCACUGACCUACUGGUGCUUCAUAUGCGAGCCAACCCACCCGUCCAUCACUGAUGAGAGCGUCAGACCUUUGAUUAGUGACUCCAAUGAUAUGCCAUCCCUUGUGGACAGCGGUGGCGGCGAUGAGACACACGUUUUGCCACAAAAUACUAGUCAUUCACACGAAUUAACCGCUUAUGAGAGGACUGUUUUCGUCAUUAAACUAUUGAAAUAUAUGAUACCAUUAAUGAUGGUUUACUUGUUUGAAUACUUUAUUAAUCAGGGAUUGUUUGAAUUGGUUUACUUCCCACACAUAUGGCUCUCCCAUAGGGAACAGUAUCGCUGGUAUAACGUUGACUAUCAGAUCGGAGUAUUGAUAUCGAGAUCAUCGCUAAGUUUCGUGAAAAUCAGGAAAUUAUAUGUUUUAGCGAUCCUUCAGUUUAUCAAUGUUUUAGUCGUAUUGACACAGAUUUGGCUCAAAUUUAUGCCCAAUAUUUGGGUGAUGUUAGCGCUGGUGCUGUUCGAGGGUCUGUUAGGUGGGGCCGCGUAUGUCAACACAUUCCACCGCAUCUACACUGAAGUGAACGAUAAGUACAAAGAGUUUGCGUUAAGUAUCACUACUUUGAGUGAUUCCGUGGGCAUUACGAUCGCCGGC